AUGGAGCAUACCGUUGCUGUGGUCUUUGACCUGCAGGAAGAGGUCAGAUUGCAGGAGCAGAUGCUGUGUAGCCUCUUGGAGAGCCAGGAGCUCAACGAAGGCACCAAAAGAUCCCCAAGGAAGGGGGCGCUACAACAUCAUCUCAAACAGAUAGGCAACCUUCUGCGGGGUUUCAACCAAGAGAGCAAGGUCGAGCAAGGCAUGGACGCGGGAGACAGCUGCAGACCUGUCGACGCUCUGCCACGAUCCAGUACCGUGCAGCAGGCCAUCGUCCCUUGCUCUCCUCCUGCACUCCUCAAGUCAGACCAUGGCAGCGCUCAGAUGAUGCGAGUUUGCUCCAAGGAGGUCGUGUGCUCUCAGUUGAAGCCGCGGCUGCCUGGGGAUCGGACUAGGAUCACUGGCGAUGAGACCUCAAGGAAGGAGCAGGACGGAGACCCUUGCCUUGCUCUUCCCCAGCUGUACUGCUCGCCAUCUGCUCCCAAACUGCUUCCGAGUCCCUUCGCUCCUCUAACCGGGAGGGUUGAGCACAGUGUGUUGGCUGUCAAAGUCGACGAGGUGCCAAUGAAACGGCAGUGCAGCAGCACAGAAUCCGAAGUGGAACAGAGGGAAGCGGACUACGACAUCAGGCAGGAGUGCAGGGGAGUGAGGGAGCAUGAGGAGAGGGAAGCUUCAGAGUCGUUCGGUUACCAGCAGCAGGCGUGGCUGCGCAGCAUCCAGGAGUCGAUCCGAGAGCAGGCGAGAAGGAGCAACAGGUUCGACGGGUCUGCGAGGGGUCACUGGGCGGCGAUGAGGGCUUUGCUGGAGGGAGAGAGGGACGGGGUACUGCGAUCGGAGCGGACGAGGAGAGACUGCUUUACCGGCUUCGUCCGGCACCUGUCCCUCAGCGCUGCUCGUCGUUCCCUCCUGUCCCUGUUGCAGUCUCCGGUCCCCCGGAUCAAGAGCAUGAAGAGCCUGCUCCAGCACUAUCACAGUUCGUCGCCGUUUGCAUUCACUAGCAGCGUCUACCAGUCUUGCCACAAGGCCCACUACUCCCCUUCCUCCAUCAAGUUGUGGGUGAGUAUGACCAGCAGCCUAUGGCUGCACGCUCCGAGCUCGGAGGGGAUGCUGAGGAGGAGGAUGAGGAGGACUCGGCUGUUCUUCCUCCGCGCCUGUCCUGUCGCCGAUGAGCACAAAAGGAGCGUGAGGAUGGAGUACCUCGCUGCCUGGAAGGAUUAUGUGCAGGAUCUCCAGAUACAUCGAAGUCACAGAGGAAACGUACAUUCAGCCAUGGCGAGGGUGGUUAUGACGACCGUCAUGAAGAGCCACUUCCAUGCUCUCAGCGCGUAUUACGUGGGGACAGUCCUCCCGCACCGGAUGUCUUUCCUUGCUCUGCAGACCGUCUUUAACCGAUGGAGGCUGCGGCAGGUUCUGCAUGCCUGGAGCUGUUCCUCGUUCACAAACAAGCUCCUGUCCAAGUGCGACCCCCUCAGACAGCCUCUGCACAAGAAGCCUUCAGCUCCUCGCAUCCCCGUCGCUGCUCCAGGAGAUUCCUUGAAGGAAUCUGAUAGACAGUCAGGCAGCCGUCAAAUGAGUGGGCAGGAACUCACAGCCUCUGAGAUGGAGGAGACGGAAGUGCGAAGAGAGAGGCACAAACAAGAAGAGCAGGAGGGCAAGACGCUGAUCAAAUCUCCUGCUUCUACUGACUUCCGCGCUGAUUCCAUCACAGUUAAGGCUCUGGAGAGGAAGAGGGUUGAGGAGAAGAAACAAGAGGAGGAUGCGAGUUUGCCCUGGACAAUCAGUCUCGUCAGCCAACCUCCCAAUGCUGCCAUGCUCGCUACUGCUGAUGGCAAGUUCUCGCGCAGGAAAUACCGCAGGCUCCUCCUCAUCGAGAGGAGCGGUCUCGUCCUCUUGCGCACUCACUUGCGGUGGUGGCGACGAGCACGUCAGUGGGCGAAGGAGAUCACGAGGAGGUGGACGACAAUCAGCAAGCACGUGCUGCUAACACCAAGGGCUGAUCCUCUCCCUCCCCUCUCAGUGCGGCUCGAGCGGCUCAUCAAGGCGUUCAGCGCAUGGGAAGGCUGCGUGCUGACCUCGUCGGCAAGGCGAGGGAGGAGGAGGGAGGAGGCGGAGAAGUUCAGGGGACUGGCGGCAGGCUCCACACUCUACAGACGGGCAGACUGA